GCGGCGGCGAGGGGCGGAACGUGCGCUGAGUCCAUGUGGGCGCCGGCGCGGCGUUGCGCGGGGUCGCCAUGGCGGAGGUGCAGCAGCUCCGGGUGCAGGAGGCGGUGGACUCCAUGGUGAAGAGUGUGGAGAGGGAGAACAUCCGGAAGAUGCAGGGCCUCAUGUUCCGGUGCAGCGCCAGCUGCUGUGAGGACAGCCAGGCUUCCAUGCAGCAAGUACACCAGUGCAUUGAGCGCUGCCAUGCACCUCUGGCUCAAGCCCAGGCCUUGGUGACCAGUGAGUUGGAGAAGUUCCAGGACCGCCUGGCCCGGUGUACCAUGCAUUGCAACGACAAAGCCAAAGAUUCAAUAGAUGCUGGGAAUAAAGAGCUUCAGGUGAAGCGGCAACUGAACCAGACACCUGACCUCAACUUCACAAAAAGGAAACAAUCAAGGCCCCUCCUCUCCGUCAAGGCCAAUCGCCCACGACGUAACCGGAAACCGGCGCCUGACCAACGUGCUUGGACUUCCUGUAAGUAUCGCGAGGUGAGAUGUAAAAAUUACCGACCAACGAUUGGCUAUCGGGCCGGUGACGUCAAUCGUGAAACGCCGAGUCUACCGCGGUAG